CCACCUCCUAAUCCAUCAAUUUCCUUUCUCCACCCAACACAAGCCCCGAUCAAGGCAGAGCUCCCCCUCCCCUACAGCUCCCUCUCAUCAACCCACACCGCGAGUUCGCGUACCGGGGGACCGAUCAAUCAAGCGGCAAGAAUGGCGGCGACAGGGAGCGCUCAGAGCCGACGGUUCGCCACGGCGUGCGGCGUUCUCAGCCGCUGCAUCAAGGCGGCGGAGGCGCGGCCGGCGGCCACGGUGGUCCUCCCCCUCAUGCCCGGAGCGGAAUUGCCCGCGCAAGACGACCGCGCGGCGGGUCCUGCGCCGGAGCACGCGCAGAUGACCAUCUUCUACGGCGGGCAGGUGCUGGUGCUGGACGAGGUGCCGGCCGAUAGGGCGGCCGAGCUGCUGCGUGUCGCUGCUGUCUCAGGCACAGCGCGUGGGAGCUGCGAGGCGGCGGAUGGCGACCUGCCCAUGGCGAGGAAGGCGUCGCUGCAGCGGUUCAUGCAGAAGCGCAAGGGAAGGCUCGCCACGCGCGCUGUCCCCUACAGCUGGCCAGACGGCGACGCCGUCCCCUACCAUCUCACACUUACGCUCUGAUUCGUGUUCGUGCGUAGUAGAGUAGCCUGAGUAAUUUAGGGUCCAUGGAAAUGUGUUGCUGCUGUUGGAGUCCAAAUUGUUGACCCACUCGCUUGUCCCCGUCUCCCUGAUUUUUUGUUUUUGAACGAAGGUUAAAAAAGAGCCCGACUUUGAAUUAACAAAGCCAUCAA